AUGCGCCAGGAAUACACGACUUUGAUCCUUGAGUUAGGCGGUGUUCUUGCCAAUUUUACAACAAAGAACACUGUCGGACUCAGGUCAAGGCUCAUCAAGGCUGCCUUCGACUCAUCUUACUGGAACGACUACGAAUCAGGCCGUGCUACGGAGGCUGAAUGCUAUGGAAACAUAUGUCAAGAGUUCAACAUUGACAUUGAAACUUGGACGAGGGCGCUGGAACAGAUGAGGAAGGAGGGCCUACAGGCAAACACUGCUUUGAUCUCCUCUAUCAAGGAGCUCAGACAGAUGUAUACCAAGAUCAAGGUUUUCUGUUUGUCUAACAUCCCUGCAUCUGAAUCCGACGCACUCAGAGAUGAAAUCCAUAGUUGGGGCAUCAUUGACGAAUAUAUCGUCUCAGGAGUCAUUUGCCAGAGGAAGCCAGACACGGCCGCUUACGAAGAAUGCUUGAAGAUUGUCGAGACGACUGUAUCCUCCUGCAUCUUUGUCGACGACAAGGCAGAGAACGUUGUUGCCGCGCAGACCCUUGGUUUCAAGGGCAUCGUAUUCAGUGACACAGAUACUCUCGUCAGGGAUCUUCACAACCUCCUUGGGGACCCUGUUGCACGCGCAAAGGCGUUUCUUGGAGACAAGGUAAAGGCGUCUGAUAACAUAUUGCUGGACAAUUACUCUCAAUUUAUUGUGCUUCAAAACACGGGAAUCCGGGAUCUGAUUAUGCCAGAGAGUGGCGGUCGGGACUAUUUCAAGCAGGGAUCACCGAUACUGACGACCACAAUCCAUCCCGAAGGCUCUGACACCACAUCUCUGGCGUUGGCAGUCUUGGACAAUGUUCCAAUGGAUACGAAGCUCAAGGCCAGAGAUGAGAUACUCUCAAACUUGAACUCAGAUGAUCUCCCUCUCUGCUGGCUUAGCAACAGUCGCCCCCAAUUUUGCCACUGCAUAUGCGCCAGCAUUUUCCGCUUCUUCGUCAUCAACGGCUGGGGUGAAGACCUCCCCAGGGUCAAUGACUUUGUCUGCCGUCUACUCGAAACCCGAGCUUACCUCCACGGCAGCCGCUAUUAUAAAAACCCAGAUUGGCUCCUCUAUAUACUGUCUGACCUCUGCGAGAGUCGUCCUUCGGACUCACAACUCCAACGUAUGAGACACUUGCUCAUUAAGUGUGUUCGCGAACGGAUGGGAUUUGAUGAUGAUAUAUUUGGGGCUGUGCUGAGAUCGCUGAGUGCACAAUCUCUUGGUUUCCAGAGUGAGAGAGAUUUGAAGAUCGUACUUGAUGGGCAGCAACUUGACGGUGGGUGGGAGUUGACAUGGCCAUGGGGACAUGGCGCUGAGUCGCUUCAGGUUCGAAGUCGGGGCGUUUUGACAGCCAUGGCUAUAACCGCGAUUGAGCGGGCGAACAUGUGUUUCUAA